AUGUCGUCGAAGCAUUUCAUUGACGACCCAACUCAUCUCGUCCAGACGUCUCUCUCCGCACUGACUCUGCUCAAUCCCUCCGUGGCCUUCGAUGCACAGAACAGAAUCGUGUACCGCAGGCCGACCAAGGAGGUAACAGAGAAUCCGAAGGUCUCAAUCAUCACAGGUGGAGGCUCGGGCCAUGAACCGGCAUUCGCUGGUUUCGUCGGCAAAGGCUUCGUAACUGCUGCCGUCGCUGGCACUAUCUUCGCCAGCCCUUCCGCCGAACAAGUGCGCCGCGCUGCCCUCACCCGCGUCCCCACCGAGAAAGGGGUCGCCAUCGUGACGUUCAACUAUACUGGUGAUGUCCUGAACUUUGGUAUGGCGGCUGAAAAGGCCAAAGCCGCCGGCGUUGACACCGAGUUCUACGCCAUUGGUGACGAUGUCGGCGUGGGCCGAGAAAAAGGUGGUAAAGUCGGCAGGAGAGGUAUUGGUGGCUCGAUCCUCGUGCUCAAGAUCAUAGGAGCUUUGGCCGAAGCCGGUGGAAGCCUGAAGGAGGUUUACGAGCUUACCAAGCAAGUCGCAGGCAACCUCGUGUCUGUAGGAGCAUCUAUGGAGCAUGUGCACGUCCCUGGGCGAGACAAGCCCAACUCCGACGAGAUCAUCCCAACCGAAGAGAUUGAAGUUGGUAUGGGCAUUCACAACGAACCGGGUAGUCACCGUGUGUCAGCAACGUUGCCGGAACUCAUCAAAACGAUGUUAGCACAGAUGUUGGAUCCCAACGACAAGGACAGACACUACGUCGACAUCAACAAGGACGACAAGACCGUGCUUCUGAUCAACAACCUGGGCGGUGUCAGCAAUCUGGAAAUCGGAGGAAUCGUGGCAGAGGUCCACAAGCAAUUGAAGGAAGACUACGGCAUCGUCCCUGUGCGAGUCAUCGCUGGUACCUUCAUUACCUCUCUGAACGGUCUGGGCUUCUCAGCCUCUGUUCUCAAGCUAGAAGAUACCGGUCUCGGACCUGGCAAGUCGAUGCUUGAGCUCCUCGACGCGCCAGCCGAGGCAUUUGGCUGGGCUGCCGCUACUCGGACCGAGACCUGGAAUGCCGACAAUUCUGCCACUGCCGAAGGCCAGCCGCCAGUAACAGCUGAGGGCCAAUCCUCCAAUCUGAAGCUUGAUCCCCAGCAGGCUCACAAGAUUCUCAAGGCGGGUCUCGACAAGAUGAUCGCCGCUGAGGCAGAUGUUACCAAGUACGACACAAUCAUUGGAGACGGCGACUGCGGUAUCGGCCUAAAGAGGGGUGCUGAGGCCGUGCUCAAAGAAUUGUCUUCGGGUGAUGCCCCCUCGGAUGCCGUCGCCUUUGUCAACAAGAUUGUACCGGUGGUCGAGAAUACAAUGGACGGCACGUCUGGUGCUAUCUAUGCGAUCUUCCUCAAUGCACUGGCGCAUGGUCUGAGAGAACAAGAUACUGGAUCCCCAGCAGACGUCGAUGCAAAGAUUUGGGCAGCAGCAUUGAAGUCAAGUCUUCAGGCGCUGGGCAAAUAUACACCUGCAGUGCCAGGUGACAGGACGUUAAUGGAUGCGUUGGUGCCUUUUGUUGACACUCUCAGCAGCACCGGCGAUGUCAAGAAGGCGGCUGAGGCUGCUAAGGAGGGAGCAGAGAAGACGAAGAGCAUGAAAGCCAGUUUGGGAAGAGCUGUCUAUGUCGGCGCGGAGGAUGAAUGGAUGGGCAAGAUCCCCGAUCCAGGCGCCUGGGGCUUGCAAGAGUUCUUGGUUGGACUGGCUGGUGCCGCUAGCUAA